AUGAGCGACUCGACAGCCAUCAAGCGACAGCUGGUCAUUAAGACGGGAGUAGUCAAGAGACUCACCAAAGAAGAGCAAACCUACAUCCGCGAAGCCCAAGAGCAGCGACAACGCAUCACGAACCUCGAAGCACAACCUGACGCGGAUGAGUGGAACGUCAAGCAGCAGCACAAGGUGCUGCAGGACUGCCUCCAGAUGGUACCCGACUGUCGCCGUAGACUCGAGGCUGCGGUCGAGGAUCUGAAGCUGUUUGCUGAGGGACUGGAUGAGGAGUUGGCGGCUUCGCUCGAGGCGAAGGCUGCGCAGGAGGCAUUGCAAGGGGCUGAGGCUGCAGCUAAUGAGGCUGAUGGGGCUGAGGCAUAG